AUGAUGCUAUCAUAUUUACAUAGUCAUAUUCAAAACAAAACACGUGAAUCAAAUAUUUAAUAAUAUAAGAUCUAGCCAAUUAUACCUGUUGCAUAAAUUGAAAAAUACAGAAUAACAAAAAAAUAAAAAACCAAAACUUCAAAAGGAAAAGUAUAUUUUUAUCUUAUAUAUUUAAAGUAAAAAGAUGAAUAUUAAUGUGAUACUUGCUCAUUUUCAUUUACGUUGGACAGUUAAGAACAAUGA